ACACGAGACACAGAGCCACAAGAAACUACACAUCUGUCAAAGCUGAGAGAGAAAGAGAGAGAGAGAAUGAAAUAACUCGAUUCUGAUGCCAGGACACGCAGCUUAUUUAAACAGCUUCUCAAAGCCCGCAGCAGCAGUUGUUUUCUACUGUUGCAUAAUGGGCAUGCUGAGAGAGGGUUUUUUUGUUUUGUUUGCGGGAUUUUAUUUCUAUCUGUUUGAGUGAGGUCUGUAACACAUUGCUCGUGGACAAUGUUAUCCGAUUGGUUAAGGUUAGUGCUUGUGUUUACUUUCUGGACUCAGCUGGUACCAAGUUUGGGUGCUGGAAAUCCACAUUACCGCUACUAUCACAGAAACUGCUACACCUGCUUCAAUGGAUAUCAUGCGUACAACACAGGACACCAGGGCGCAGAUAUUGAUGAGUGCCAGGUUCACAAUGGAGGCUGCCAGCACAGAUGUGUGAACACGAGAGGCUCGUACUACUGCGAGUGCAACCAGGGCUUUCGCCUCCAUGUUGAUGGCCGCACCUGCAUAGCUGUUUUAUCCUGUUCGGUAAAUAAAGGAGGUUGUGAGCAUGACUGUGUCCAGCUUUCUCCAGUUCACUUCCAGUGCCGCUGCAGACGUGGAUACCAGCUUACAGCGGAUGGCAAGCGCUGUAGAUUGAGGAACCCAUGUGCGGAGAGGAACGGCGGCUGUGCGCAUUUAUGUCGCAGUGACGGCGGUCGGGUUGUGUGCAGCUGUCGCCAAGGCUUCAUGCUAGCAUUGGACCAGAAGAGCUGUGAAGAUGUCAAUGAGUGUGAAACAGGACUGGCGGCGUGUGCACACAGUUGCAGGAACACACCAGGCUCUUUCUCCUGCAUCUGCAAUCCAGGAUAUGAGCUGGGCUCUGAUGGAAGGAAAUGCUACCGUAUUGAAAUGGAGAUUGUCAAUAGCUGUGACUCUGAUAACGGUGGCUGUUCACAUCGAUGUCAGCAUGGUGUUCUUGGACCCGUCUGCAGUUGUAAUCAUGGUUAUCAGCUCGCCGAAGACCUCAAAACCUGUUUGGAUCUGGAGGAAUGUGAGGAAGGAACUUCAUGCUGCGAGCAGGAUUGCACAAACUACCCUGGAGGUUAUGAAUGCUACUGCAGGGCAGGUUACAGACUCAAUGCAGAUGGAUGUGGAUGUGAUGAUGUGGACGAGUGUGUGUCUGAUAAAGGAGGCUGUGACCACACUUGUCAGAAUACGGCUGGCUCAUAUCACUGCUUCUGUCGGUUUGGAUAUCGACUUGGUGAGGACAGACACUCCUGCAUUUCUCUCCAGCGAUCGGUUGAGGAAUUGCCCGGUCCAGUGGUGGUUGAGCGUCCUCUCCUUCAUCUCGCUCUCCUUCAGGAUUACCCACAACCCCUGGAGCGAUAUCACGACUAUGAGGAGGACAGCUACGGAGAGCUGCGGGCAGAGAGUACCCUCACUGAGAAGUUUGUGUGUUUGAACGGGACGUUUGGCCACGACUGCAGCCUGACGUGUGAUGAUUGCUUAAAUGGAGGACAGUGUAACGCUGAAGGAGAUGCGUGCGACUGUCCAGACGGGUGGACAGCGAUCCUCUGUAACCAAACUUGUCCAGAGGGAACAUUUGGCAAAAACUGUUCCUUCACAUGCAAGUGCAGAAAUGGUGGAACCUGUGACCCAAUUACUGGGAAGUGCCGCUGCCCACCUGGAGUCAGUGGAGACCUGUGCCAGGACGGCUGCCCGAAGGGAAUGUAUGGAAAGCAGUGUAACAAGAAAUGUAAUUGUGCUAACAACGGCCGCUGUCAUCGCACAUAUGGAGCUUGUCUGUGUGAUCCAGGACUCUACGGCAGGUUCUGUCACCUCCCUUGCCCCAAGUGGUCGUAUGGAUCUGGCUGCUCAUCCGAGUGUCUGUGUGUGCAACAAAACACUCUUGAGUGCCAUCGGCGUCAUGGAACGUGUGUGUGCAAACCUGGCUAUCAGGGGAAAACCUGCAACCGCGAGUGUGAUAGUGGAUACUAUGGUCCAGGAUGUAGAUUAAAAUGCCAGUGUCCAGCGGGAGUCUCUUGCCAUCACAUGAGUGGGCAAUGCCAGCGUCAGUGCCCAGCCGGUAUGCACGGGGAGCACUGUGACCGAGAGUGCCCCAUGGGACAGUUUGGAGUUGGAUGCUCACAGUUUUGUGACUGUAAGGGAGCUCCAUGUGACUCAGUGACUGGGAAGUGCCACUGUCCCGCAGGGCAGACAGGACAACACUGUGAAAAAGAGUGUGAAGAGGGCCGUUGGGGUCUGGGCUGUGCAGAAUUGUGUCCUUCCUGUGACAAUGGUGGAGUAUGUGAUAGACAAAACGGCACCUGUGUUUGUUCACCGGGAUUCAUGGGAAAUCUCUGUCAGAACGUCUGUCCAGAUGGGCACUUUGGCCUGAGCUGCCUGUUGCGCUGCUCCUGUCAAAACGGUGGGAAAUGCCACCAUGUGACAGGCCUCUGUGUUUGUAAAGACGGCUGGAUGGGGCCCAACUGCGCAAAAGCUUGUGUGGCUGGACGAUGGGGGCCGAACUGUGCCAACCAGUGUGACUGCAGGAGCAGCGUGGGCAGCUGUGACCCUGUGAUUGGCCAGUGUCAUUGUGAAGCUGGCUACAUGGGACCACGCUGUGAUCAAAAGUGUCCCGAGGGUUUCUUCGGCCAGAGCUGCCAGCACAGAUGCCAGUGUGAGAAUGGCGCAGCGUGUGAGCAUGUGAGCGGUGCCUGCACUUGUUUGGAUGGCUGGACUGGAACGUACUGUGAAAAACCGUGCCCUGAGGGUUUUCAUGGCUUGGAGUGCCAGCAGAAGUGCCAGUGCUUGAAUGGUGGUCGUUGUCAUCCCGUGACUGGAGGCUGCCAGUGUCCAUCUGGUUGGGUCGGGCCAGUUUGCAAUGCCAUGUGUGAAGCUGGCACCUUUGGGCCGGCCUGCAGUCAAACCUGUAGAUGCCACAAUAAUGGCACCUGUGACCCUGCUGAUGGGCGAUGUGAGUGUGGAGCAGGAUGGACAGGCAGCAGCUGUGAACAAGAGUGCUCAGCUGGAUUAUAUGGUGUGGGCUGCAACCAGCAUUGCCUGUGCCAGAAUGGAGGGUCAUGCGACCGAAUCAGUGGCCACUGCACAUGUGUCAGUGGGUGGACAGGACUGGCCUGUGAAUUAGAAUGUGCAGUGGGACACUUUGGCAUGGACUGUCAGCACAAGUGUGAGUGUGUAAAUGGCGGCAUUUGUAACCGUCACAGUGGCAGGUGUUUGUGCCCAGCAGGCUGGACGGGCACGCACUGUGACACAGCGUGCACUCAAGGUUUUUAUGGUAUGGGCUGUAAGGAGCGAUGCCAGUGUGAUCAUAACGCCUCAUGCCACCACAUCACUGGCACCUGCUUGUGUCCCGCUGGCUGGAGAGGAACCCACUGCGAAAAGAUUUGUUUACCUGGUUCCUAUGGGAAGGGUUGCACUCAGCGAUGCCAGUGUCCUCGUGGCACCUCCUGUAAUCAUGUGACUGGACAGUGUGGUUGCCAAGCGGGAUUGACUGGUAGUGGCUGUGAGCGAAUGUGCCAGUCAGGUACGUUUGGGGUAAACUGUAAUCAGGUGUGCCAGUGCUCUGAGCUCAACCAGCUGUGCCACCCCGUCACUGGUGUCUGUUACUGUGCUCCCGGAUACUAUGGCAGCAAGUGUAAGACAGAAUGUGAAGCGGGUCGUUAUGGACCCAACUGUGAGCAGGAAUGCCAGUGUCUGAAUAACGGUGUAUGUAAAAGCAGCACUGGCACCUGCAGCUGCCCACCGGGAUUCAUCGGACCAAAUUGCAACAUCACGUGUCCAUCAGGGCGUUACGGUCAGGACUGUGCUGGAGUGUCUCUGUGUGGUGAAGGGGCUCGCAGUGACCCCCUCACAGGCAGAUGUGUGUGCAGGGCCGGUCAGCGUGGACGGGACUGUGGGAAAGGCUGUGCUGAGGGCUGGUUUGGAGAGGAUUGUGAUCAGCGCUGUAACUGCAGUAAUGGAGGAGUGUGUGACGCUCUUACAGGAAACUGCACUUGUACACUAGGCUGGACAGGAGACACCUGUGAGGAAGUGUGUCCCAUAGGCCGGUAUGGUUCAGACUGCAGUGAAGUGUGUGACUGUAAGAAUAACAGCACAUGUGACCGAGUGACCGGCGUCUGUCUCUGCCCUCCAGGUUUCUACGGACAUCUCUGUCAACAUGCAUGUCCUAUUGGCUUCCAUGGUCAUCGUUGCCAGCUUCUGUGUGACUGUGAUGCCAAUGCACCUUGUGACCCUGAAACUGGCCGAUGCCUCUGUCCUGCAGGAUACCAGGGACUCCGCUGUGAGAGAGAGUGUGAAUCGGGCAAAUUCGGGCCUGAUUGUGUCCACAGAUGUGACUGUGAUGGAGACACUCCAUGUGACCCUAUUAGUGGCAGGUGUUUGUGUGCACCUGGAAAAAUGGGCUCUCGCUGUGACACAGCCUGUGGAGUGAACCGCUUUGGGCCCAACUGCUCACAGAGAUGUGAAUGUCUGAAUGGAGGUCAGUGUGAUCCGCGAAAUGGCCGAUGCACGUGUCUGAAUGGCUGGAUCGGGCCCAGCUGUCAACAAGGGCUCCUGUCUUCUAGCAGAAGUAAAAGGAAGGACUCGUCAGUAUAGCAGUGUUUUUUAUCCAGUUCAGUAACACACAGACUGUAAUCUGAACUGCCUUGAAUUUGCAAGUGGAUCUUUGGCUAACAUUUUAGCCCUAAUUUGUCAAGUUACUGCCUUGAACAAGGUUUUGUAGCAGUUGAGAUGGAUUAACUUCUAUUAAUGGAUUAACUUUUUCAUGGAAAAUUGAUCCAAUUUGUCCAACAUGAAGGAGACUUUUGAUACGGAACACUUCCUGGAUGAGGACAUAUGCAAGCUUUUUAAGAAUUUUUUUUAACCGAUUUUAGCAAUAAUUGUUUUAUAAAUAUAAUAAUUGUAAAUAAACAAUGCCAUUCCUACAACACUGUGAUCCUAAACAAAAUAGAUUCUGCGCAGUUGUUGCAAGAUAGUUCGACAUACAACUUGUUUGCACUGAAAACAAAACAAAACUGUGGUUUAGAUAUCAUUUUCAUUCCAAAAUUAAUAGUAAAUUUCAUUAAUCAUUUCUGAAGAAAUGGCAUGUAACGCUGAAAUAAAAAUGUACACAUUUUUGCAGUAAAA